AUGAAGCUCUCGCUACUGCUCUCUGCAAGCGCCCUCGCGUGCACCGCAACGGCCACCGUCGCCCUGAAGCCCAGACUCCUAAAGGAACAUGUGGGCUACAAUUUCCAACCCAGCGUGGCCGAGGAGGAAGGCGGGAAGAGCUAUUUAGCGAAGUUGGCCGAAGACAUGCUUUCGCAGGACCAGUGCGGCGCCGAAUGCCACCCCAUGUUGGACACCAUAGCGGGCCGGUCCGCAUGUACCGGCACGGAAUGCCCUAUCUGCACGGACAAGGGCUCGUUCGACAAGAAGCAUCGGUGUCAACAGGAUAAAUCGUGA